CACGCUUUCAGUUUCUUCAUUUCUUCUAUCCAAAAAUAGCAAAAUAUUAACAACCCAAAUUCUUCUAUAGAUAACUUCGUCCAUGCACGUUGUUCUUGUCCACAGAACUAUAAUAUUUUGAAAGAUUCGUAUUCUACUGGUUUAUUGUAUCGAUAUAAAAAAAUUUCGAGAUUUGUGUCCAAAAAUGGCUGAUAUUUACUGUUCGGAGUGUAAACGGCCGACGGAAGUGGUGUUCGACCACUCGGCGGGGGACACCGUGUGCUCGGAGUGCGGCCUGGUUCUGGAGGCGCACUCCAUUGACGAGACCUCAGAGUGGAGAACUUUUGCGAAUGAGGUCGGGGAUAAUGACCCGGUCCGUGUUGGUGGGCCAAAUAAUCCUUUGUUGGGUGAUAGUGGGCUUUCGACGGUGAUUUCGAAGCCUAAUGGGUCAACGGGCGAGUAUUUGAAUUCGUCGUUGGGUCGGUGGCAGAACCGUGGGUCGAACCCGGAUCGGUCUCUCAUUCAGGCGUUCAAGACUAUUGCUACCAUGGCUGACAGGUUGGGUCUUGUUGCAACAAUAAAGGAUCGAGCAAAUGAAAUAUAUAAGAAGGUAGAAGAUCAAAAGCCUCUUAGAGGACGAAAUCAAGAUGCUAUUUUGGCUGCGUGCAUCUACAUUGCUUGUCGACAAGAGGAUAAGCCACGUACUGUAAAAGAAAUUUGUUCUGUGGCCAAUGGAGCCACCAAAAAAGAGAUUGGUCGAGCAAAAGAGUUCAUUGUGAAACAGCUGGAGAUCGAAAUGGGCCAGUCUAUGGAGAUGGGAACAAUUCAUGCAGGGGAUUUUUUGAGACGUUUUUGCUCACAUUUGGGCAUGACCAAUUUAGCUGUCAAAGCUGCUCAAGAAGCAGUACAAAAAUCAGAAGAGCUGGAUAUAAGGAGAAGCCCCAUAUCCAUAGCAGCUGCAGUAAUUUACAUAAUAACACAACUCUCAGAUGACAAGAAACUUCUCAAAGAUAUUACACUGGCCACAGGAGUAGCAGAAGGCACAAUUCGCAAUUCAUACAAGGAUCUCUAUCCAUACACUUCAAGAAUCGUACCAAGUUGGUAUGCGACAGAGGAUGCUCUUAGGAAUCUUUCCAGCCCUUGAGUUCUUGAUCCUGGCAAAGUUGCAUCCCCUGAUGAAGGUUACGGCUACUUCUGUACAUUUGGAUGAUGUUAGAAACUGGGUUCUAAUGUAGUUCUAGUAGAUGUUUGUAAGUUAGUACAGAGUUAUGGGUCUUGGUUCUCUUGGAUGAUAACGUUAUUGUACAUGUAUUCGUUUACGUAGGUUAUCUAUUUUGCUGAAGUUUGUCCAA